AUGUCUUUUGUCCUUGACUCGUCUGACAACAGUCAGGUCUCGUUGAAUCCACUAAGCAACGGCCACUCCUCUUUGCAUCUGGAAAGUGCAAGCCCCACUCUAAAUACCAGGCAUAUGCAUUCUCACCAGUAUAUGGCGCUUCCCUUCAUGAAUAACUACGUGUCUGGCAUGCGGAAUGAGCUGAUGAAUAUUUCAGCUGAACGUCGUAAAGCAGAUAACGAACGAACGCUUAUGACUUACUACAGUUCAAAACUACGCAUUCCCCGCCAAGACAGCGUUACAAGUGGAUCGACAGAUCGGUCUGGAGGCAGUGGAAACUCCAAAAAAAGUAGCAGGUUGAAGCAUGGUAACAAGAGCUCGCAUCAGAGUUUCUCCGAGCAGAGAACACCGCUUCGUGGCAGUGAAGAGGAGUCGAAGUAUACUCAGGAAGUUUUCUACAACGGCUAUAAGAAUUAUUGCUCCAAGCUCCCGAUACCUAGCCUCAAGAAUACAGAAGUUAUCAGACGUCAUAACAUGUGGAUUCCCUUCAUGAGAUGGGACCUUACGGCCAAGUCGUCGAAACAAGAAGGACCGCUGUUGGCGCAUGAUACUAGGGAAGCAGCCGCCUUCACUGCUUCUUGUCUAAACACGAAUGUCUCCAUAUAUCGCGACACAGAUCACCAAAGUAGAAACAUGUUUGUCGGCUCAACUACCAUACCUCCGUUGUUUGGAGAAAUGAAACUCCCGCCGUUUGUGUAUCAAUGCACAGUGGAUGUGGGGGAUAAGAUAUACACAUUAGGAGGUCUCACUCCUUCAUACUACUACACGGACGAGAUGCCAGACCUGUCUGCUUAUCAAGUAGACGGUGUGCCAAAUCUCCCGCCUCCGUUGCUCGAUUCAAUUGUCAAUAAUCCCAGUAUGGUUAACAACCAUGACUUGUAUGUCAUAUCGUCUGCUUCUUCAAGGGUAGUCAAACCUGUUUUGUCAGGCCACGUUCCACCUCCCCUACUUUGCAUGACCGGUUCAGCUCUCACAAAACGUCAUAUAUUUUACUAUGGUGGAUUCGAGAUAAAAACGGAGACGCGAAUCGACGACAGCACGGGCAAAUUCUGUUUGAAAAAGAGAGCUGUUCUCAGCAACCGCGCGUACAUCUUGGAUGCCUUGACGUGCAAAUUCACGAAGGUCGAUCUUGUUACACAGCCCACGAAAUUCAAUUCGUAUCCAUCAAUCGCGCCGCGGUUUGGACACUCUCAAGUGUCUGUCAAGGUGAAUUCUACAGUAAAAUGCGCAGUUUGUGCAACAGCAAUGUCUGCAGAUAAUAAGCUCGAUGUUACAAAGCGAGAUAUUGAAAUGCCCUCGUCUCCCUUAUCGCAACCUAUUGACGAGGGUCUUCAGUCUGAGAACUCUUCCUCGAUUGAUAGAAAUCUCAGCAAUAAACUUUCUAUCUCUACCAGCAUGGGUGUCUCAACAAUCUUGGUGAUGGGCGGAUAUUGCAAUGACGACGGUGACGACUAUGAACCUCUAAACGACCUAUGGAAAAUAGAGGUAACUGUUAUUGCACGAGGAAAGAGAAACUACUAUAAGUUCGCUGAAACAGCUUUGGCCACCCCUUUCUCUCAACUACGAGGCGACACUGAAAGCGGCAAAUGGCCACCCAUGCGAGCUUUCCAUGCAUGUGAGAUAUAUGAGAACGACCUUUUAAAGGCCCAAUCUUCGGAAGAAGAGUCGUUAGAGAACCUGCGAGAAAAUUUCAUGUUCGAGCCAAAAGAAACGCCACAGACCAGUCUCGAGGAAAAAUCAUAUACUAGUUCUGCAUGGUCCGAUCCCCGCGAGCAGCAUCAGAAUCAUCGACAUCCACAUCACCAGCAACACCAUCACCACAGCAGCGUAAAUGAUGUUAACAUGUUCUUAGCUUGGAACGCUCAAAAGCAGUCACAUAUGCUGCAAAGCACAUCCCAAACGCUGGUGAUACACGGUGGGUCAAAUAAAUCACUUGUUCUCGGUGACUUGUGGUGGUUCGACCUCGAUACCGAAAAAUGGACGCAAAUCAAGACAUACAAGGCAAAAUCCAAUAGCGAAGGCAAAUGCGCAGAGAUCAAUCUUACGCUUGUGGGGCAUAAGCUUGUGCGAAUUUCCGCUAAAGCAAUAUUUCUUGGUGGGCUCGCUCAGUGCGACGUUGACAGACAUUGGGUCAAUUCUGAAGAAGCUAGUUCGACCAAAAAAGCUUCUUCUUCGCUCCCCGUUGCAAGCCUCUAUCUUUUGGAUCUUCACUCUUUUAUGUUCGAGCCCUUCUGCGUUGGCGAAGAGCGCCGUAUCGAGCCUGAGGGAGCGGAAACGCCAUGGCACGAACAACUCCGGAUGAUUUCUACGUCUGCGACUCAUCGAAACGGCUUUUUGCAGCUUAUUGGCGGACUUUUGUGCAGCGCUCACAAUUUAGAAAAUGCAUAUUUGCGUGGAACAUUUACCACAUGCAUCCUUCCCUUGAUCACCACACCUCAAUCCAUCGCUCUUUGA